AUGAGGGACACCCCGUUGUCCAACUGCGAGAGGGACUUCUUGCUGAAAGCCAUCGAAGAGAAAAAGCGGAUCGACGGCCGGCAGACGUACGACUACAGGAGGCUGAAGAUCCGCUUUGGGACGGACUACGGAUGCUGCUUUGUGGAUCUGGGACAGACCAGGAAGUCGCCGGGGAAAACCGGGGCCGAAACCGAGCCGCGAAGACCUCCGUGA